UGCUCUUUGUGGGUUCGGAGACAUCGGGGGCGCUGACCUGUGCCGAGCACUGUCCCCCCAGCCCGUGACAGAGUUGGGGGUGUUCCUCCGCCUGCCCCUCUGCGAGGGGCUGUGGGGGCCUGGAGCUAGGAGACCGAGUUGCAGGGCCAGUCCCGUAUCCCCGUGAGGCUCUUCGAAUCCCUGCUCGCUCAGGGCCGCGGAGGCGCGGUGUCUCCUGGUGGUGUGGUCGUCCCGGCGGGCGUGGGUCUGCGGUGGAACUGGGUUCCAGAGUCUGGUCCCGAGGAGCAAGGCGGCGGAGCGAAGCCAGUGGCCCAAGGCCCGGCUCGUGAGGGGUCUGAGAGCGCGCCUGAACCCCGGGCGGCAGCGCUACACUCCCGGACAGGAGUCUGGGUUUGACUGCCCUGCUCUGGGCCUUGCGGGUCGCCUGGGCGUCACUGCGCGGAGUGGGAAUGCCGGAUGUCACCUAGCUCGCUCCCUGCUCCCUGAGCCGUAAGGGAGGACCGCAGGGCUGCAGCUGCAGGACAGACAUUUGGACCUAGUGAAAGGACGUCGUCGCGUAGCCCCAGCUAUGGACUGCACAGCAUCAGUUCUCCCUUCUCAGGACCCUGCUCUUUCUCCAGAGAGAUACCCAGGAGAAAAGGGAACAGCCAGUUUAUUCCUGAAAGCCAGGCCCCAGAAUCUGAUGACAUUCAAGGAUGUGGCUGUGGAAUUCACCCAGUGGGAAUGGGGGCAGCUGGAUCCUGCUCAGAAGGACCUGUACAGGGAAGUGAUGCUGGAGAACUUCAAGAACUUGGCCUCUCUGGGGCUUCCAGUAUCUAAACCAUAUGUGAUCUGCCAGUUGGAGGAAGGGGAAGAGCCCUGUGUGGUAGAGGGAGUAAUCUCAACAGACUGGGAGAAAAGGCCUAAAGCCAAGGAAUCAGUACAAUAUCAGGAAAUUUCCAAAGAGGAAUUAUUCCAGAUAGCAUCAGUAGAAAAACAUAUCAGAGAUGAACUCUGCUUCUGCAAAGUGAAAGGAACCUGUGGUUGUGAUAACCAGUUAGAGCUACCUCCAAAAAACCAGGAGAGACAUCUGAAAGAAAUAUCAAUCACUCACAAAUCUACUACCACCCUUAGGAUAGAUCACGAAUGGAGUGAAUUUGGGAGAAGUUUAGACUUAAGAUCUGUCCUUCUUGACCAACACAAUGUUCCCAUAGGAGAAGCAUCCUAUAAAUCUGACACAGAAUUCAGACAGACUUCAGGAAGAAAUAACUCCCAGAGAAGCCAUCCAGGGAAGAAACCUUGUAAAUGUAAUGAAUGUGGGAAGUCUUUCCAUUUCCAGUCAGAACUUAGGCGCCAUCAGAGAUGUCACACUGGAGAAAAGCCCUAUGAAUGCAGUGAAUGUGGGAGAGCCUUUGGUCAUAUUUCAUCCCUUAUUAAACAUCAGAGGACUCAUACUGGAGAAAAGCCCUAUGAAUGUAGCGAGUGUGGGAGAGCCUUCAGCCAGAGUUCAUCUCUUGUUCUACAUUAUAGAUUUCAUACUGGAGAGAAACCCUACAAAUGUAAUGAAUGUGGGAGAGCCUUUGCUCAUACUGCAUCCCUUAUUAAACAUCAGAAAAGUCAUGCUGGAAAAAAAGCUGUAUGAAUUCAGGGAACACAGGAAGGCUUUGAGCUGGAGUUCACACAUGGCUCACAUUACACACAUCGGAGAGAGCUCCUAUAAGUUUAACGUAUGUGCGAAGACUUGGUUGGAAGACAUCUUAUUUAACAUCAGACAUGCUAAAGAGAAGCUCCAUCAAUGUCAAGAGAGAAGGCGGGCUUUGAGUCACACCUUGCCCCUUAUCAAACAGCAGAGAAUCCAUACUAGUGAGAAACCAAGUACGUGUAAUGGAUUCGGAAAAGUUUAUGUCAGAGGAUACACAUUAUUCAAUAUCAGACAGUUUCUACUGGCAAGAAACCUUAUCAAUGCAAUGAAUAUGGCACAGCUUUCUGUCACAUAUUGUUCAACCAAUCAAUCAACCAGUAAGUAAAUGAUUAUCAGAUAACUCAUACUGGAGAGCAACUACAAGUGUGGUAAAAGCCAUCUGUAAUACUUCUUCCUUUACUAAGCACCAAGAACACAUAUAAAAGGGAAGCCCCAUGAAAGCAGUAAAUGUGGAAAGGCCUAUCAGAGCUCAUUUCUUAAAGAGAAUCAGAGAUUUCAUUCUUGAGAAAAACACUAUGGAAAUGGUGAAUGUGGGAGUGCCUUUAGCCAAACCUCUUUCCUUUAUAAACAUCAGUGAACUCACCCUACUAGUUAGAAACCCUGGGAAUAUAAUGGACUUGGAAGAACCUUUGACAGAUUUUCCACUCAUUUUGUACAUCAGAGAAUGUGGUGAAACUAGGAAAACCCACUAGUUCAGGCCUCAACAUACAUUAAAGCUUCACUCCAUAGAGAAACCUGGGAAGUUAAUGGACGUGGGGAAAGUUCCUUUCAGGCUUGAGAUUCACAAACAAGCGCCGAAAGGAAUCUGAGAAAUCACCUAGUCUAGGGAUUUCCUACCUGGUAGGGGCUCUUUAUAACUGCAGUGUGCUUUGCCUCCCCAUUCCCUCGCUGAUGCGGGAGGGGGUGUGACUGUGUGGGCGGGGAGAAUGGAGGCUGAGCAAGGUGGAGAGCCACCAGUGAUUUAGCCCCACCAUAUUUUAGAGCUAAGGAAACUGAGCUUCUGGAAGUGCCAUGCCCUGGGCUGGGCCUCUUUCCUUCUGGGUCACAGCUGUGGUUUUUGAGAUUGAGAGACGGAAGGUCUUCCUGUACAACGACCCCCCCCCCCCCACCAUGCACUCACUACAUGUUACCUUUCUCCAAGAGGCAGUGGAGUGGCAUUUUUAAAGUUUGAGCAAAAAGCAAUUUUUGUUAGAUCAUUAUGCUACUAGAUUUGGAAUUUUCAAAAUUAAAUAAAAAAAUUUUAAACAUUAAAAUCAUUAAAAUAUGGGUAUUGUAUAAAAAAAAAAAUCAAAACUUGAAAAACAUUAUUCCAAGGGAGAGUAGCCAGGUGCCAAAACCCAUGUGUUGUAUAGUUCCUUUUAUAGUAAAUGUCCAGAAAUGGCAAAUCUUCAGAGGCAAAGCAGAUUAGUGAUUUCCUGGUGCUGGGAGAGGUAACUGGAAGUGAAUGCACAUGUUACAAGGAAUCUUACUGGAGUGAUGCAAGUGUCCUAAAACUGGACUAUGGUGAUGGUUGAACAAUUUGGUAAAUUUACUAAAAAUCAUUGAAUUGUGCACAGAAAAUGGGUGAAAUUUAUGGUAUGUAAAUUACACAUCAAUAAACUUGUUUUUUAAAAAAAAUCAAAUAUACAAAUAUACCAACUGUUGCUGAACUACUUUUCCUAUCUUGUCUCUUACUUCAAGCCAUCCCUGUGUCCUGAUUUUCUGUAAUAGUUACCCCGAAGCGUAUUGGGUCUCAAGUUCAUAUCACGUUACCUCUGAAAUUUAUAUGGAGAAACCAGGAGCAGGAGCUGGCAUAGCCCACAAUAGUCUUGACUAAAAGAUUAGCUUAUACUAAAGACAGUCCUUCACCCAUUUUAAGUUCAGAUGAAGAAGCUGAGCCCAGACAUCAGGGAAUCAGUUCAAAGUGGGUCCAUGCAGACACGUAGGAUCUAGGGGUCCAGCAGGUCGGCUAAGACAGAGGGGUGCAGGCAGACAGGAUUAAACAGGAGGUGUCUGGACUGCUGAGAUCAGAAUGCUAGUUUAGGAACCUAGAAAUCAUGGAAAUUUCUUCCCAAAGAGCCAAGUUGCACAGGAGAGAAAGAGCAAAUUUAUUACAUUAGUGAUAGCUUAGUUUGCUCUAUGUUUUCUUCUAAUGCCCUUCUCUAACCCCAACCUAAGUCACUUUAUAUAUCUGGACACCUGUGACUUUACAGGUGGUCUUUGCUUAACGUCUGUCCUUCUUGUGUAUCUUUGCCAUGUUAACCAUUAUCCGCAUGCACCCACUGCCCCAUCUGAAAACCUUGCGAAGAGGGCAUUUAGUGCCAGACUAAUUUGGCAGUAAAUGCCCUUGUCACUCUGCCUUAACCUCCUGCUGCUCCUGACAGAACGGCUAGUACAGACAACCUAGUUUGCUUGCCACACCUCCGACCUGCCUCCACACUCCCCUGCCUGUUCCCCCAGGCUGGAAUGCCCUCUUCACUUAUCCAAAGCCUAAUAAUCAGUCAUAACCCUGUUCAAACACCACCCUCCUCAGGGGAGAAUUCUCUUGAACAUGGAUGUGAAGUCCUAGCUUACUGAUUUGCAAUUGUAAAAGCAUCUGUGUUUGGUUAAGGUUUUAAAAAAUGAAAGGUGUCUUGUCUUAGGAUAGUUCUUAUUACUGUUUUCAUCUAUUUAAAUCACUUGUUGUUUAUCAGUUUGCCACUUUCUUGUCUCCUGAACCAGAUUAUCUAUCAGUUGCUUCAGGUAAUUUCUCAUACUUCCUCUCAGGGAUGAGCAGACGGUAGGUGCUUACUAACCAUGUGUUAAUUUGAAAAACUUGUAUUACCCACGUUCUCUCGCUGCUUUGGACUUUAAAAAAAUAUUUUACUGUUCAGAUA